AAAAUUUUCAUUUUUAGAAUAGAAGACUGUGAAACUGACAAAAGUGCGGCGCCAUAUUGCGUGCUUGUGUUUGGUUACUGUUCUGGCGCGUGGUCAAGAACUAUUAUAUUUAAUUAAAUACCAUGUCUGAUAAUCAGGAGCAAAAACCUGAAGCCGGCCCAGGCGACGCGAAUUCCGAAUACAUCAAGCUUAAAGUUGUUGGAAAUGACAGCAAUGAAAUUCACUUUAGGGUAAAGAUGACCACUCAAAUGGGUAAAUUAAAAAAAUCGUACAGCGAUCGUGUGGGUGUUCCUAUGACAUCACUCAGGUUUUUAUUUGAUGGUAAAAGAAUUAAUGACGACGAAACACCAAAGCAGUUGGAAAUGGAAAAUGAUGAUGUUAUUGAAGUAUACCAAGAGCAAACAGGUGGUCGCUACUGAAGAAAUUUAUUCAGUUUCAAUAUCUUUUAAAGUGAAAGUGACUAUCGUAAAGAAAUGGACAAGUUUAUCAGUAUAUAUAUAUAUAUGUAUGUUAAAGAAACAUGUAAUUUGGUUUUUUACGUAACAUUUUGAUGUGCAGUUCUACAUUCCUGUAACGUGGCAAGUUUAAGGACCAUCAACAGUCAGUUUCAUACAAUGUAUAUGUUCAUCCAGCAAAAACAAAAACAAAAAAAAAAGAAACAGAACUGAAAAAGAAUCAUGCCUUAAAUACAGUGAGUUUUGUCUAUUAAUAACAUUUGGCAAUAUAUUUGCAUUCUAUGGAUUUCCAAAUUUAUAGAUUUAGAUCGCGGGAGUUUCCGAAAAUUUUAAUUUCAUUAUUGAAGCACGGUAAAUAUUAGAUAAUAUGAAUAUGAUUUAAACAAAAUUGUUGCGUUUAAGGUACGUCUAUAAUAAAAGAGAUAAUUGUAAUAUUUUCCCUUUGCCUUUUUUAUGUAAUUUUAAUAUUAACAAAAGUAUUUUCUACUUCAAAAGAUAUGCAUUACUGGUAUGCAAAAAAUUAAUUUUCAUGGAUAAAUUAUGAAGAAUUUAAUUCGAUGUAAGUAAUGUGGAUGUUUCUGAAGAACUUCUUAUUUUAGAUUUCGUUUUAUGUUAUCAUCAGUAAAUUAUAUACAACAAUGACAAAAAUUCAAAUCACUAUACAUAAUAAAAAUGACUGCUAUGCAGUUAUACUUUAUGUAUAAACUUUAGUAAAAGAGAUUCUCAUUUUUCAAAAACUGCUAUUUGAUUUAUAUUGAAGUUAAACAUUGGCCCAAAGACUUACAGAUUUAAAAAAAUUUUUCAUAUAUAUAAUUUGAAGCUAUAUGAUUCUAUACGGGCAUCCUCAUUACAAAAUACUUAUUCAUUGAUUUAACAGGACAAAAUUUUGACAAAUUGUAAUAAAAUUUAUUCUUGUACAGAUAAGUAAUAUAGUUUCUGUUUUCAUUAA